AUGUCGUCGCGCGGCUCUUCGGAGCAAUAUAUCAGCGAGCUGGAGGAGCAGCUCCAGGAGCUGCUGGAGAAGAACGAGGAGCUGGAGAAGAAGAUCCAGCAGCAGAACAAGGACAACAAGGUCCUUGAGGACAAAUUGGUGUCCGCCCAGACGAGCCGGGACUGGGCGGAGGGGGAGAGGGAGGAGCUGGUUGCGCAGCUCGCCAAGACGGAGGCCGAGCGGCGGGAAGCUGUCGGCGCGCUGGCCCUGGAUACGGACCAGUACACCAGGGAGAUCAAAGGUCUCCACGAAACUCUGGACGGCCUGCAGGCCGAGUACUUGAAGAAGCUCGAGUACAUGAACUCGCGCUGCUCCAAGCACGCCGGCAACCUUCUCGCCGCCAACGCCAAGCUCGAAGAGAGGACCCGAGAGGUCAAGGAGCUUCGCGCUCAGCUGGGCGUCAGCCCGCAGGAGCCGCCGCCGCCGGCGGCCGAGGAAGAGGAGGAGCGCAAGAAGUCCUGGGCCACGGACUUCAGCACAGACUUCGGCGGUCCGGUCGCCUUUGGCGACUCCGCAACGCGCACGCUGGCCGACGAGCUCGGCGACGAAUUCAGCAGCGAGCCUGGCUCACCUCCCUCCUCUUCUCGCCCUCAUUCACCCACCUCCGCCGCCUCUCCCUUUUCCUCUCGCCCUCACUCACCCACCUCCGCCGCCGCCUCCCCCGCUCCCUCCGCUUCUUACGACUCCGAUGACGGCUCCAAUGCUACCGGUGUCACCUACGACGAUGACAACCGCCCCGACGAUACCGAUGACGGCACUCAUGCUACCGGUCUCACUCACGAUGAUGAUCACGACACCUCCUCUCACAUUGACCACACCGUUGAACAUGAAGACGCUCAGAUUGAGCAAGAAGAGCCUAUUGCCGAGCAAGACGAGCCCGAAGUCCAGGAGAACGAACCCCAGGUCCAGGAAGACGAGCCCGCUGAGGAGGAAUACCCCGAAGAAGAGGCCACCAAGGACGAGACCGCAGCCGACGAGAACGAGCAGGGCCUCACUACCACCACGGAAGCGAACUUCACCGAUGACGAUGAGCUGGGCUUCACCGGAUCAGAAUUCGCCGAGGACGACUCGACCGAGCUGCAGGACCAGCCAGCCGGCGCCGCCGCAUCCCCCUACGGCCCUCUCAAGUCCCUGCUGAUGCAGGAGCGCCCGCUCGCCUUCGACGACCACAACCCCUACGAAGAAGCCUUCCGCCCCGCCUCGCCCGUGUACGGCCAGCCCGACUCUAACGCUGCCGGCCCCUCCGAUGCGCUGCAGGCCGUCCAGAUGUUCCCGCAGGAGCGCGCCGCGCGCAACAACCUCGCCCGUGCAGUCCAGGAGGAGAAGACGAAGCUGGACGCCGCCAUCGCAGACCUGCAGCAGGAGAAAGCCGACGAGGUUCAGGCGAUCAAGGUCAGCAUGAACGACUACCUCGAGGAGCUCGACGCGCGGCGGAUCCAGGAUCUCCAGGACGCAGACUUGCGGCGUGUCCAAGACCUCGAGGCCGCCGACGCGCGCCGCCUCACCGACUUCCACGAGGCGCAGAGCAAGAUCAUGGGCAUAUGGAGGGACUCCGCCGAGCGCAUCAGGUUCAUGCUGCAGUACUUGGCCGCCCUCGAGUUCAUCAUCCGCCAGCAAGGGAUCGACGUGUCGUACCUGGAGGACCGCAGGCCCGACGCGAAGAAGACCGAGGACGAGCUGAACGAGAUGGCGUCGCGGAACGACCUCGUCGUCAGCCCCAUGCGCUUGGCCGUCGACAUCCAUCCCAAGGAGCUCAUCGCCGACAUCCCGUCCAUCCGCAUUUCCCCGCCCAGCGAGGAGUCGUCGCCGACCACCACCGCGCCGCCUCCCAACUCUCCCACCAGCGACGACGAGUCUUCGCCCACCUCUCCUACUUCUCCCACGGCGGCCUUCGCCGCCACUGGAUCCGCCUGCCCCCGCCUCCACGUCUACCUCUGGCCCCUCCUCGCCUUCCUCUUCACCCUCCUCACGCUCUUCUGGUUCGCUGGCCUGUCCGAGGCCGAGCGCAAGCUGUGGGACGACGCCAACGACGGCGCGCGCCUCUCCACGCUCGGCCACUUCGGUUACGGCGGACGCCUCAGCUACAGGCUCUUCACUCCCGUAUCACGUACGCUUUAUAACGCCGAUGGUGGAUACCUGGGCCCGGAUGACGGACAGCAGGUCUGGAUGCACCCGCUCGUCAGGGUCAGCGCGGCGCUGGUGGAGCCGGUCUUCGCCAGCGUGCAGGUCGUCGUGGCGGGGUUUGCGGUCGUGGUGGGGUGCCUUGUUGGGCUGCGCUGA